GAGAAUUUCAAGCAACUAACAGUUAGGUAAUUAGUUAGUGUUCGAUAAAUGGACACCAUAUUUCUCCUAGGCGAUGAAGAUCGUGCUGCCUUUCUCCAGCAAAUGAUGCAAUCUUUCGGCUGUAUUCACAUUUGCCUUUGGUCUUACUUAUCUCACCCAUCCAACUGCUUGCUAGCUAUGGAUGGAUUGUACAGAGAUUCAAGCAAUCUUCAGCAGCCGAGCUCGUCUUCUGCAACUCUUGCUAGACGGCUUUUUGAUGCAUACAGAGAGUCAGUUAACUAUGUCGAAACCGAAAACAUGCGAAUACCAGGUUUCGCUUUUAAGAAUAACCUGCCUUAUAUGGAGCUGAAGUUGCCAGACCUUCAGAGGAUGGCUUCUCAUGAUGUCCAGCUUCAAUUCUACCAAGAAGCUGGGAUUAAGACGGUCGUCUUCAUGGGUUGCUCCGCAGGAGAGAUCGAGCUCGGAAUGUCUAAUGAUCCUCAAGUGGACAUGGGAAAUGAGAUGAAGAACUUAUUCCCGGCCGACUUUUCACGACAAGCUGCCAGGUCAGCCGGUGGUGAAAUGCCGACCCACUUGCCUUCUUCCGCCUCGUCAUCGACAUCUCUCAGAUCUUUAUCGGCCGAUAGCUCCGAAUAUUACUCCCCUCUAUUACUCAACAAAAUCCAUCAUAAUCAAGAGCCUCUAAUCACACCACUAAUAAUCCAUCGUAAUCCGGGCACAGCUUUCACGAGGUAUAGCGAUAACCCGGCCCGGCCCGGAGGCUACAAUAUUAGCGCAAAACAAAACAUGUUUAAAAGAGCCAUUUUGUUCUUCAGAAACCUUAACAUGAGAAAGAGGAACGAGCUUCAGGCCAUUCAAGGCCGGCCCACGACAGCACAGAUGCACCACAUGAUAUCCGAAAGGAGAAGGCGCGAAAAGCUCAACGAGAGCUUCCAAGUCCUCAGGUCUUUACUCCCUUCAGGAACUAAGAAGGACAAGGCAUCUGUGUUAAGCAGCACGACGGAGUACUUGAACACACUCAAGUCUCGAGUGGAUGAGCUCAGCAGAAGAAAUCAAAUGCUCGAGUCACAGAUUUUAUCCGUACAAAGAUUGUCGAAAGGUAGUGGUGGUUAUGUGGAUGAUGAAACGGGCCCCAGAUUUUGUUCGGUUGAUGAGAGAGUAAACGUGGAAAUCACGCAAGUGUCAUCACCAUCUACUUCGGAGGCAAGAUUCUUGGAUUUGAGAGUGAUAGUGAGAGUGAGAUUAUCGGGCGAGAUUAUAAGCGAUGACUUGUCGAAUUUAGUUAUUGCGGUGCUCGAGUUCUUGAAAAAGCAAAGGAAUGUGAGUCUAUACUCGUUGAAAUCUAAUACAAGGAUGUCGGGACAAACUGCGGUACAUGAAAUGAUGUCGAGAUUGAAAAUUGAGGGAGAUGAAUUUGACGAGUCGGGUUUCCAGGAAGCAGUGAGAAGAGUUGUUGACACGUAAGACUGCGCACAAAUCUUCCAACACUUGUAAUUGUGCUCUAGAUCCUUUGACCAUGUUAUAAUUUAC